UGAAUCUCAUGCCAAAGUUAUUUUUGUAUGUAUAUGGAUCUAACUAAAUAAUCAAAUAUAUAUAUGUAUUAUUUGUACGGUAUAAAGCAAACCUCCGCCGCCUUUGCAGAAUUAAAAUUUGUCAAAUGUUGUGAUUUUAUUCCUGCUACCUCUAUCAGUAAAAUAUCUAAUGCAAGUUUUGCCUAAUGUAUAUUUGUACAAUUAAUGCGCGUUUAAGCUGUUGUGUCAGAAUACCAUACCGAGGUACAUGCAAAUUCGCUGGACAUACUUAUAAAAUUAUUUAAAAGCUACCAAAGCUAUGGCAAAAACAUACGAUUAUCUGUUUAAGCUGCUCCUAAUUGGUGAUUCCGGCGUAGGGAAAACUUGCAUUUUAUUUCGUUUUUCAGAAGAUGCAUUUAACACGACCUUUAUCUCAACAAUAGGUAUCGACUUUAAAAUUAGAACAAUUGAAUUAGACGGAAGAAAAAUUAAGCUUCAAAUAUGGGAUACUGCGGGCCAAGAACGCUUUCGGACAAUAACCACUGCUUAUUACAGAGGAGCUAUGGGUAUCAUGUUAGUUUACGAUAUUACACAAGAAAAAUCUUUCGAAAAUAUUAAAAAUUGGAUACGGAAUAUAGAAGAAAAUGCAUCCGCAGACGUAGAAAAGAUGCUAUUGGGUAAUAAAUGUGAACUCAAUGAUAAGCGUCAGGUUUCUCGGGAGCGAGGAGAGCAAUUAGCCGUAGAAUAUGGGAUAAAAUUCAUGGAGACAUCUGCUAAAGCCAGUAUCAAUGUGGAAGAAGCUUUUCUAACAUUGGCCAGCGAUAUUAAAGCAAAAAUGGAAAAACGAUUGGAAGCCAAUAAUCCACCAAAAGGAGGGCAUCAAUUAAAAUUCGCCGAAAAUCGAAAAACAGAAACUUGGCUAUCGAGAUGUAACCUACUCUGACGAGUUCAAAAAUUCGCAUAUUAUAAUACCAUACAUAAUUUUCAGAUGUUUAAAAGUUAAGUGAUUUUAUAAUUAAAAACGAAAAACUUUUACAACGUAA